AUGAGAGGAGCAGACGUAUACAGUGACCAUUACCUUGUGAAAACGAGGAUACGUCUUAAGUUGGCAAGAGCUGAGGGGAGGAAGAACGUAAGGGAAAGGUUUGACGUAAGUAAACUGCAAAGUGAAGAGAUGAGGAGGAGGUACAACAUUGCGGUGAGGAAUAGGUUUGAAGCUUUAGGAGACAUAAAUGAUCCGGAGGAAGAACACGAUACGAUUUUGGCAACAUACAGAGAUGCAGCAAAGAAAGUCUUGGGGAUGUCAAAGAAACUUUGUAGGGCAUGGAUAGGACGCAAAACAUGACAAAAGAUCAAGGAGAGGAAAGAGGCAAAAUUGAAACUGGAGGGUGCAAGAUCGGAACGACUGAAACAAAGAUGGAGCGAGAAGUAUAAUGCGAAGAACAACGAAGUGAGACGGAGUGCAAGGGAGGAUAAGAGAAAUUGGUUAUAGAGAAGAGGGCUGCAGAGCGGAAAAGGCCACUCAGAAUGAUAGGAGCAAGGAGCUAUACAGCAUUACUAAGUCGAUAACUGGAGAAAGGCCGAACUAAGAAAUAGGUGUUAAGGACAAACAAGCUGUGCUUUAAUAGGACUGAAACAAGAGAAAGACUUCAGAGAUGGUUGGAGCACUUAAGUGAAAUAUUUAACAGAGAUGACCCAACGAAUCCUGUGGAAGAGGAUGAGAUAUAGUAGCAUUGGAAGAGAUUUAGGAAAUGGAUCUAGGAAGAUGGCGAUAACAAGAGGUCAAGGAUGCGUUGAAGAGGACAAAGCCAGGGAAAGCGGCUAGAGUAGAUGAGGAGUGUCCGUAAUUGUUGAGAGCUGACAUGGAAGACACUGCAAGUAGGCUGACUAGUUGUUACAACAGGCUUUGGGAAACUGAGAAGUGGCCAAAAGUGUGGAAGAAGGGAGCUUGUUGUUAAGGCAUUCAAGAAAGGAGAUUUGCGCGAGUGAGUGACUUUACUACCUGUCAUUAGCAAGAUAUUCUUUAGGACGCUGUUGGAGCGGAUCAAGAAGGCGUAGAUAAGAAACGUCGAAAGGAGCAGGCUGGUUUUCGACCCAAGAGAAGUACAACUGAACAUAUAUUUAUACUUAGAAACAUCUUAGAGCAGGCAAAUGAGUGAAGGGCGGGUCUGUAUGCACACUUUGUACACUCUGAAAAAGCCUUUGACUCUGUGCACAGAGAAAGCCUAUUUAAUAUCAUGAGAAGUUAUGGGAUAGCAGACAAGAUGAUGAGAGUGAUAGCGGGCAUAUACGCGGGCUCUGGGUGCGCACUUGUGGACGGGAAUGUGACAUCUGACUGGUUUAUGAUCAAGUCUGGAGGAAAACAGGGGUGCUUGAUGUCGGGAUUCCGGUCCUACUCUAUGGCUGGGGAAACUUGGAAGAUCACCAAGAACGAUGAACGGAAGCUAAAUAGCUUCCAGUGCUAG